AUGGGAGGAGGAAGUACCAGAAGCUCAAAGCUGAAGAAGGUAGCCCGGAAAAUGGUGGUGGCAGCAUGUGGCUCUUUCUCCUCCUCUACCAUGUCUUCUUCUCCUCUUCCUCCUUCUACCAUUCAUUCUUCCUCUCUCAGUAUCUCAUCAGUUUGUCCAACAACAGCAGCCUCUUCAACUACAAAUAGUCCAGAGGAAUACGAUGAUCAAGACACCAUCAUCCACAACUUCAAGGACAACAUUACCAGUAACGUGAAUUCUAAGCAGAGCAUGUGCGCAAUAUGCCUAGAAGCUUUGAACUACAGCAACGGGGACAGUCCAGGUCAAGCCAUAUUCACAGCUCAGUGCUCCCACGCCUUCCACUUCGCCUGCAUUUCCUCCAACGUCCGCCAUGGCAGUGUCACCUGCCCCAUCUGCCGGGCCCAUUGGACCCAACUCCCCCGCAAUCUCAACAACCCACCUUGUUGCCUUCCCUCCACCCAAAACGACCCGGUAUUUCAGAUCCUCGAUGAGUCCAUAGCCCAUUUCCGCGUCCACCGCCGGUCCUUCCUUCGCUCCGCCCGUUACGACGACGACGACCCAGUUGACCCGGCCCACAUCCCCACCAUUUCCCGCCUUCAUUUCUCCCUGCAACAUCACUCACAGCUUCUACCAGGAACAUCAUCUUCGCAUUUCAACAGAAGAAUGACAGCGGCUAAUGCUACAGCUACUGCUUGUCUUUCAGUGAAACUGAUAAACCAACCAGCAACCGACUUGGUCCUCGUUGCUAGCCCCAAUGGUCCACAUUUACGUCUUCUCAAGCAGUCCAUGGCAUUGGUUGUCUUCUCUCUUCGACCGAUCGACCGUUUGUCCAUUGUGACGUACUCCUCCGCUGCAGCCAGAGUCUUCCCUCUGAGGCGAAUGACGUCAUACGGCAAAAGAACAGCACUUCAAGUCAUCGACCGGAUAUUCUACAUGGGACAAGCUGAUCCAAGUGAAGGGCUGAAGAAGGGGAUCAAAGUGCUGGAAGAUCGUGCACACAAGAACCCACAUUGCGGCAUCUUGCAUCUUUCGGACACACCAACAAGAGCAUGUCAUGUUGUAGCUCUGCAUACUUCAUUUCCGGUCCAUCGGUUCCAUGUGGGAUUCGGAUUUGGUGCUUCGAAUGGGUUCGUGAUGCAUGAGUUUGAGGACUUCUUGGGGGGGAUACUUGGAGGUGUUAUAAGAGAUGUUCAGCUGAGAAUCGGUGGCGAUAGGAGCAAGAUCAUGAAGCUUGGUGACCUUAGAGGUGGUGAAGAGAGGCGGUUCCUGUUGGAUUUGGGAGAUUAUGGGGAGGUGAUCUCAGUGGAGUACAGCUACAGUGAGGGUGGGAUUGAUGAAUGUACAAGGACAGGCGAAGCUGUGGUGAGUUUAGGAGAGAAAAGUGAGACUCAUGGUAGUGACGUGGAAGCUUCUGAGAGGGAUGCGAGUAUGGUUAGUGGAAGGACUAGUAGUGUUGAGAGCUGGGAUUACCAUAAUCCGUACAUGGCUAGAAGAUGGGCUAAGCAUUUGCAUGGCUACAGAAUGUGA